GAUCGAUUUGGCGACAGAGAAACCACACCCAACGCGGACUGAAACCCUCCCUCUCCCUCUCUCGCGCGCGCUCGACCGAUCGAUCGCCGCCCCGUACGUACCAGCCGUGCCGCGCCGCGGGAAGGAGGAGCCGACGACGCCGACCGCAGCCAUGGCGGCCUCCGAGGUUCAGCUUGGCAGAUCUAUUGCUGACAUGCGAGAUGGACGGGACAUUCUAGAUCAUCAAGCUGUAGAGGAGGAAGAAGGCAUUGUAAUUGGAGGGGGAACCGACAGCAACUAUCAAGAGGUCUACUGGAUAGUGUUCAACAUUAUCGCUGGAAACAAUCCAGAUCUCGCCGUGAACAGAGGAAACGUGGUUAUGUGCCCUCCUAAGAUUCUUAGGGAGGGCACGAGGAAGACGGUAUUCGUGAACUUUAUGGAGUCGUGUAAAACGUUGCGUAGGGACCCUAAUCACGUGAUGGAUUUUUUCCUCUCUGAGAUGGCAACAAGCGGUUCAAUUGAUGGGCAGAACAGGUUGGUGAUCAAAGGGAGAUUUGCUCCGAAAUCCUUUGAAUCGAUCCUCAGGAGAUACAUCAAUGCGUAUGUCAUCUGCAAUGGAUGUAAGGGCCAUGAUACCACUAUAACCAAGGAAAACCGUCUCUUCUUCCUUCGCUGUGAGCAGUGUGGGUCUUCAAGGUCCGUCGAUCGAAUCAAGGCUGGAUUUGUCGCACAUGUUGGUCGUCGCAACGCCUGAACAUUGGUCAAAACUCUAGAUCGUCUAGCUCGCUACACCCAUGUGUAGACAUGCGUUUCCUUUUUCCUUUUUGCAUCGCAAAUGAGUUUCAGAUUAACAGGGUUGUGACGCGGCUCAUAACGAAAUCACGAUUAAUUUCUAGGUUUAUUAAAAGAUUGUACUAUGUGAGGUGAGCAUGUCAUGGUGUCAAGUUAUAGCACUAUCUACCAAUUCAAAACGACAGAUGUUGCAGUCCCUUUUAUGUUUCAAACUUCCCAUUACCAUGAUAUAAAACAAGACGCCAAAGAGUUGGUGUGUAAUAUUACAGGCCGUGCGACAGACAGUGAGCGAACUAGAUAAAAAAAUUGCGCGCACUGGUUUCGGGUGCACUGAACUGAGCUAGUCUUGCAGCCUAGCUAGAGCUUGCGGGCUUCAGUUCAUGGAGGUGUGGCGCGGGCUUGAUGUAGGUCAACACCGUGUCCGCUGGCUGUGAGGAGGGUGGUGGCCGGGGAGUCCAGCGUGAGCGCGUUUGUGUGGCACCCGUCAAAAUUGGCGAUGCAACUAUGCAAGUCAGGCCGGACGAUCGGCUGGAUCUCUCCAGCUUCCUUGGUUGACAGUCUUGUGCCACAAAGAAACAUGCCAACUUCUUAUUUUUGGGGCAACUGGUAAUAUGGGAUUGCGAUUAAUCAGACCAAAACAGUCUUAAGUGGGCAAUUUUGUUCCCCUGAUGUUUUA